AUGGAUGAGGAUGGCACGGGUGCCAAGAUGUCGGCACCCGCUGCCGCUGCUUAUGCAAUGCAGUGCGGCGGGCCAGCGGUCGUUCGGCACGUUGGGGACCUGCGCGAUUGGGAGGCGGCGUCCCGAACAGCAGUUGUGUUCCGUGCUGCUGGUGUCAGCAACGAAGAGAUUGAGCACGUUGCGGUGGGCGCUCGAGCAUUUGGUGAGGGUCCUGUGCGCCACCUGAUUUUCGGCCGAGAGGAAGAAUGCCAGGCCUUCCUAGAGAAGGUGCCGGUGCUUAUCGUGCGAAAUCAAUGCCCUGCAGACCGGCAGUUGCGCGCAGAGGUCGCGUUGGGAUCCAAAGACCUCUACGAACCGUACCUUGACACACGUCUGCGGCGCCUCUUCAAGCACUUGAAGUUCGAGUGGAAGCCGCACUUGUUAGUGGCCACUGUACAGGCCGUCGACGGGGUACAGGUCGACGAGCGCUUGCAGUUUGAUGCCUGGUUACGGCGAACGAAGCAUUUUCACCCCAGCAUUGUCAAGGCUUAUGGCAGUUGGAGAGAUUUAGCUGCGCUGCGAUCACGAGCAGAGGCUUCUGGGGAGACUCGGAUUCAUGUUGAGCCUGGCCGCUUCCUCGUGUAUGGCUCUAAGUGGGAGCGUGAUCGCGUAGCAGGUGAACUCAAGGCAGCUGUCGAGCAUCUGGCAUGCAGAGCUGAAAGAGUGGUGCCGUUCGGAGAGGGACUGGCUGCCCUGGAGGGGCCAGGCGGCUCGACCCUGGAAAGGCUGCGCGCUGACUUCCCGACUGUAGACUUCAGGCUCGAUCUCAACAGGCGUCGUGUGCACUCUGUUGGGCCCGAGCCUGCCUUGUCGGAGGCGGUCGACUCUGUACACAGAGCGCUUGCGCAAGUGGACCUCGACCCCGGCGCCCCGUGCGCGUACUGCUGCAAGCCCGCGCACGGAGCGACUCAGUUGCAGUUUUGCGGCUGCCGGUGUUGCCGACCGUGUUUUGAGAAGCACUACCUGGACGCUUGCCGUCGCUGCGGCGGACCCGUGCUCGUCUCGGAUGUGGUCGAGCGUCUCGGCGACAGGUGCGACGAUGCCAUACGCCACCUGUACACCCAGUACUUAGGAGCGAAUUGUGCACCUGGCGAGCAGAUCUCUCUCUGCACAGGCUGCUUGACCCCAUUCCUCGCAGCGGGCUCAGCGUCACAUGGAGGCAGGUCCUGUCCCGGAUGUCAACUUGCCGCCGAGCGCGCAGGAUACGUAGAUUUGCGUGUUGACGCCGAUGCAUCAGGUCCUCGGGAGCUGGAAGAGUUGGAGAAGAUCUGCCACGUCAGCGACCGCGGGAGUGGUUGGAAGCGCUUGAGCGGUCACGCUAACGACCUUGCAGCAGCCAUCCAGCGUUGCUCGCAAUGGGCCAGACGGGUGAAAGAGGAGCUGCCAAUUCCAAAGCACACAGACGAGUUUGUAGCUGACGAGGUCAGGCGGCGAAGGUUGGGUCAAAAGUACCGAGUACACCUGCGGGCGACACCUCGCCGUGUUCAAUUGGACGGUUGUGCUGUGCGAGUGGAUGAGGCGAAGCAGGCGUUGCAGGAAUUGUUCCUUGGGUUGCAAUGCCUUCCGGUGCCGAUAAAAAGCGAUCAGCAGGAUCUGAUCAAGUUGUUCGAAACGAGCGAUGUGCACAUCAAAGUUACCAGCGGCAUCGUGAAUGUUGUCGGGUUCCCACCGCGAGUGCAAGAAGUCGCUGAACAAGUCGAGGAUGUUCUAAAAGGGCACACAGCCCUCAUCGAUUUGCCACGUUUCGAAAGCUGCCCCGAGCUGCCCUGGAAGUGCAUCGAACCUUCGUUUACCAUAUUCGACCAGCGGGUACGCUUCAUGAGCGAGAGCGGUCGCCGAGCACUUCGACUGUGGGGUCCUGUCGACGCCGUGGAGAAAGCUCGAGACGAUGUCUCAAGUCUACUGGGUAGAUUGGAGUUCAGAACGAUUGAAGUUGCGAAAGAGAAAGUUUGCCACGUGAUAGGGAAGAAGGGCGCUAGCAUCAAGCGUCUUCAAGACAUGGGAGCCACGGUUCUGUUCAAGCAGUUUGAUUGUUGCAUUCAUGUCGGUGGUGCGGCUGAUCACCUUCAGGCAGUGACUGCAGCCAUCAAUCGCCUAUUGAACCGCGUCUGA